AAUCGGCUCCUCAUGCUGGCUCUCUCCUCACCACCACCAAACAGUACUUCUUGGUUGCAACCAACAGCGCCGCCAUGUCAACUACUACACCAACCCCUUCUGGCACAGCACACUCGUGAGCGGAUGUACCCCUUUUCACCUUAUGCCAAUAAUUAUGUCUACGACUUUUAGGCACAUUGGCAAACUAAGCCCACUUGUUUGGAUUUUAAUGAGUUUUCCUUUAGUCCUUGUGGGGAUUACGAUCGCGGCGGUCGCUGUGAUCUUUCUCGCCUAUAG